GUGGGACGGCAGCGACCGCCGGGAAAGUGGCUGGAGAAGAAGGUGGGAGCGCAUCCCAGGCUCCCAGUGGCAUCACUCCACGGGGGCCCAAAGCCCCGAGGGACAGGGACCACUCCACGUCUGAAAGGAGACCUGUCCCCUCCGUCCUGCACCCUUCUGACCCCCAGCAUGGCGUCCCCCAUGAGGAGUUUGCUCACCAACCCUGACAGAUACCUCCGGUCGUUCCGCCUGUUCCUGGAGAAGUCGACAGAGCAUCAGAGCAUGCGGGAGUUCAUGGAGAGGCAGCUGCCGGAUGUGAUAGCGAGUAUUGGAAAUGGGAAGUCUACAAUCAAUGUUCUCAGCAUUGGUGGUGGAGCAGGUGAGAUGGACCUGCUGAUCCUCUCAAAAGUACAAGCCAGAUAUCCUGGAGUCGCCAUCAACAAUGAGGUGAUAGAGCCAAGUGCUGACCAAAUCUCCAAGUACAAAGAGCGUGUGGCUCAGACAUCAAACCUUGGGAAGGUAAAGUUUACCUGGCACGAGGAGACAGCUGAUGAAUAUGAAAGUCGAAUGAAUGCAGAAAAGAAGUCUAAAAAGUGGGACUUCAUUCACAUGAUCCAGAUGCUCUACUAUGUGAAAGAUAUCCCAGCAACUGUCCGGUAUUUCCACAGCCUCCUGGAAUCACAGGCGAAGCUCCUCAUUAUCCUGGUGUCAGGAAAGAGUGGCUGGGAAACACUGUGGAAGAAGUACGGGUCUUCCUUCCCUUUGAAUGAUCUCUGCUCUUACGUUUCCUCUGGUGACUUCCCAAAGAUACUGGAUUCAGCAGGGCUGAAGUACCAGCUCUAUGAGCUCCCAUCCCACUUGGACAUAACAAGCUGCUUUAUUGAAGGGGACAAAGAUGGGGAGCUGUUGCUGGAUUUCCUGACAGAAACAUUGGAGUUUUCUAAAACUGCUCCUCCUGAACUAAAGUGUCAGUUAAUGGAAGAGUUAAGAAAGCCUGGAUGCAGUGAAAACAGAGAUGGGAAGGUGCUUUUCAAUAACAACCUGUGUGCAAUAGUGAUUGAACCAUGAAUUAACCUCUUCUUGCUUCUUGAUCUAAGGGAAAAAGUCGGAUACAAACUGUUAAGGACAGAAGUAUGUUUUUUAUAAUAUUUUUAAAUGGCUUAAUUCAGCACUGAUAUAUAAUUUUUUGGAGCUUGUUAAGAAAUCAGUAUUAACAUCUCUUGUUAUAAGUGAGCUUUAAUAGCUGAUUAAUUCCACACUAAUCCAUGAAUGUUUAACUCACUAGGCAGUAAAUUGUGUUUUAUCAUACGGAUGUUGUAUAAUCAGCCAUAACUCAGACUAUCCACUCAGGCACUACAGAAACCUAACCAUUUCCUAAGAAAUAAUCCACAGCUACAUGUGGUUUCAUCAUCACUUACAGACCAAGCCAAUUACAGCUUCUCAGUGCAGCUAGCAGGAGUGGAGGCUCAGAAUGACCAACUGUUGGGUGGCUCCUUGAUGGGAUUUCUUGAGCUUCUGACUUCGAUAUCUCAUACCUUCAGUUACUGUGAAAGUGGCCUCACACCUGCAUGUUCAAUGGUUGCCUUCUCCUGCCUCCGAAGCCAACUCCAUUUAAUGGCACUGCUUCCUUUUUCCUGGAUUUUUUCUUUAUUGAUGGAACCCAAGAGGAAAGCAAUGGAAGAUGGUUGAGGGACAGGGUUGGUAACAACUGUCCUGGAGAGGUAGCUUUCAGUAGUGAGCCCUGAUGCAAAGUAUUUGUCAGGAAUCAGCAGCUACAGUCACACAGGACUUUUUUUUAUUUUUUUGUAUUUUUAAUUAACCACACAAACCUUCUGGUCACAGCAUUUCCCUCGACAGGCAGCGGAGGCCUGUGAGCUUUGUAACAAGGAAAAUGUAAAAAUAAAAUGUGAUACAAAACUGA